AUGUUUGUCGGUGAAUCACUGGUGAAUAGCAUUGAUGGCAGGCCUGAUGCAUGCCUUGGUGGGAGUACUUCGGCAGAGGGUAUAAAUCUAGCUAUGAUUGUUGAGGAUGUAUCUGCUCAAACACAAGCACGAGCUGGUAAGGUCCUCGCUGAUCAAACCAGGUUCGAUAGAGAAGAAGUUACUGAGUCAAUGACAGAGCAAAGCAGGUUGCAGAAACUAAUUAUUGAGAAUGACCUUCUCAAGCAUUUUUUUGAAGCCAAAAUGGAAUACCCAGGUCAAAAUAAGUCUCAAAUUAGGCUUAGUGGCGAUAGUGAUGGCAGAGGUAUUUCCGGUGCCAUUGGAAAUGGAGACAAUGGACAAGCCAGACUCAGAUGGAGAAAGACAUCAGUUACAAGGGAUGUGCCGAGGAUGAAUUCACAAGGANGAAGCCAAAAUGGAAUACCCAGGUCAAAAUAA